UUUAUUUUCGUUAGAUUUCUGCCAUACGAUUUUGAGUCUCUCUCUCCCUCUUUAUAUCUAUUCCAAAGCACAGAGCUCGAGCUCGUAGACAUUAGCAAAAAUGGUCGCAGAGCUCUCCUUGUUCGCCAUUCUAUUGUUUUUAGUUUUCUUCGCAAGAAAACAAAGGCACCGCCGCCGCCAGCUUCCUCCAAGCCCUAUGGCUUUGCCGAUAAUAGGUCACCUUCAUCUUCUCGGACCCUUAAUCCACCAUUCCUUUCGAGACAUCUCUUCUCGUUAUGGCCCUCUUAUUUAUCUCAGGCUUGGUUCUGUGUCAGCCGUCGUAGCUUCCACCCCAGAACUCGCCAAACAACUCCUCAAAACACAUGAAUUCACAUUCUCUUCUCGCAAGCACUCUAUCGCAAUCGAUCGCCUCACCUACAACUCCUCUUUCGCCUUCGCUUCCUAUGGACCUUACUGGAAAUUCAUCAAAAAGAUCAGCACUUUUGAGCUCUUAGGAAACCGAAUGAUUAACCAAUUUCUCCCCAUCAGAAAACAAGAACUUCACCGUUUUCUUGGAGUUUUCUACAGCAAAUCAAAAGCUGGUGAGAGUGUUAAUAUCACUCAAGAGCUUAUAAAACUAUCCAAUAACAUAAUCUCUCAAAUGAUGUUGAGUAUGAGAUCUUCAAGUAGUGAUGGUGAAGCUGAGACAGUAAUAACAGUUGUGCGAGAGGUAACACAGAUUUUUGGAGAAUUUAAUAUUUCUGAUGUUAUAUGGUUUUGCAAGAACAUAGAUUUUCAGGGUGUUCGAAAGAGAGUCGAAGAUAUAUAUUUCAAGUACGAUGGGCUGCUCGAGAAGCUCAUCACCAGCCGAGAAGAACUGAGGAAGAAGAACAGAAGCAAUGGAGUUGUGCAUGAGGCCAGAGAUUUUCUUGAUAUAAUGCUUGAUGUUAUGGAGGAUGAGAAUGCUGAGAUAAAGUUAACCAGAAAUCAUAUUAAGGCUUUGUUUUUGGAUUUCUUCACUGCAGCAACUGAUACAACAGCAAUUACAAUUGAAUGGGCACUCGCAGAACUGAUCAACCAGCCGAGAAUUCUCGAGAAAGCUCGUGAAGAAAUUAACAGUGUUGUGGGAAAUGGCAGGAUUAUUCAGGAAUCAGACAACUCCAAUCUUCCAUACAUCCAAGCUAUUUUAAAAGAAACGUUUCGACUACACCCACCAAUCCCUAUGAUUGCCAGAAAAUCAAUUCAAGAUUGCAAGAUCAAUGGGUACACAAUUCCUGCAAAUACGUUGCUAUUUGUAAACAUGUGGUCUAUUGGAAGAGAUCCCAAGUACUGGAGAAAUCCUUCACAGUUUCAGCCUGAAAGAUUCUUGCAAUCCUGUAACGAAGACGAUGAUGUGACAAGCUCUAUAGACAUUAGAGGCCAACAUUUUCAGUUGUUGCCUUUUGGGGCUGGGAGGAGGAGCUGUCCUGGAAUUUCUUUAGCCAUGCAAGCUUUGCCUACGACACUUGCAGCUAUGAUUCAGUGCUUUGAUUGGAAGGUGGUUAAUCAACCUGAAGGACAGAUUAACGGUGAUGAUGAUCAUCUUCUUCUUGAUAUGACUGAACGUCCUGGAUUGACUGCUCCAAGAAUCCAUGAGCUUGUUUGUACUCCUGUCCCUCGUCUACCUUCAGAUGUUCUUGAUCCAGUUUGUGGCAAUUAAUGGGAGAUAUCUGUGGGAAAAUUAUACUGCAAAUAACAGGCUUUUAAUUGUUUGAUUA